AUGGCCGCCUUCCCCGAAGCUCAACAUGGGUUUCACCGUGCCGACCCUGUUCGGACCGCCCGCCGCAGUCUGCGAGCAGCGCCGCCUCCUGCAAGCCUUGUUCAUGGCGACGCAGCCUUGAGCAGCGAUCUUCCCAACCCCCCACAGCCCGACCAAACCAUCCGCCUCAACACGCCGCCUCGACUCGGCGGCCGAGGACAUCCUCAACAUCCUGCGGCAGACGCGGGCGUCGGAGGCGCACGAGCAGCUGACCAGCAACUGGACGCGGCGGCGGGCACGGCGGGCGGCUGGACGGCAGCCCUGGUCGAGCGGCUGAUGCCGGCCGCCGAGUACUCGCUCGCCUACUACCGCCAGGUUGCCGGCUGGGACGCCGUGUUCGCGGCUGCCUACCACCGCUCCAUCGCUGCCGUCGUCCACGAGUUCGAACACCUCGUCGCCCACGCUGAGAAAUACCCUCUUGAUAUUGCUGUCUGGGCUGCGGUGCUCGAGCUCACUGCCCUGGGCUCCUUUGCCGCGUCCUGGAUGGCGCAGCACUCCGGCCACGUGCCCCGGCGCGCCUUCGUCUCGUUCCUGAAGCGUCUCGACAUGGACUGGAGUCAGGUUUAGGGUUGGUUUUGUGAAACGGGAAAAAUGGGGUUGUCUUUUGUGGCGCGGAGUUUUAGGACGACAACCCGUCAACCAUCCAGCAUCCACAAGCGCAAGAUAAAUAAAAAAGAGGAUAAACCUCGCUCCGAAAAGCACAGCACUUGCCCCUGACCAAUGCCAGGGCCAGGUCUAGAACCUGGUCCAGCGUGUGUGUGUCUAACAGACAACCUUUCGCUCCUUUGUCUUUGUCCCCCGUCACCGGCUCGGUGAAAGACCUUUUUGUGGCGUCCCCAUGGCGUCCCCAACGCCAUCCUCUUUGAAGCCGGGAGAACAAUACUAACCGGGAACCCGGGGGCUUACUAUUGUUCGUCGUGCCCGCAAAAAAGGCCCCAACAGUAGUAAAAAGGGGGGAACACCAC